GUUUUUUUGGGAUGGGAAAAAAAAAAAAUACCUUUUGGGAGCAGUUUUGUGUGUAUGUUUUAUGAUAAGUAUCUAUGGGUUGGUUACUUUACUUUGUUGUUGGGAAUGAAUCACUCUUCUAUGACAACCAAUGUUAUAUAUAUAAAAAGAGAGAAGGAAGUGUGUGUACGGUUAAAAAAAAAAGAGAGAGGAAAAUAUAGUAAAAGGAGAUGCAGUCAAAGUGAGCACAGUGUAACUUACAAAUACAAUAAGGUGAGGACCCUUCUGUCCCUAAUUUUGAAAUAGGAUGGGUGGGUAAAUGGGAAGGUGGCUGAACAAAAAAA